AUGCACGAACCAGCUGCCUCUCUUCCCGCUGCCAGCAGCAGCAGCAGCAGCAGCAGCAGUAGCAGCAGCAGCAGCAGCACGGUUGCUGCUGCAGCUGGGCAGCAGGAUGCUGCUGCUAUGGGGGUGUCCAUCACCCAGCAGCAGCAGCACCAGCAGCAGCAGCAGCAGCAGCAACCGCAGCAGCAGCAGCUGCUGCAGCAGCAGCUGCAGCAGCAAACACAACGAGUGAAGCAGCAACACGGCUUCAACAGCUACCGCCGCUGCUUGUCUUUGUGUGCUCUUGCUGAGGUGCUGCCUCCUGCUGCUGCUGCUGCAUGCGCUGCAGCAGCAGAAGCAGAAGCAGCAGCAGCAGAGAACCUAGAACGCCAAUGGAUAGCAGCAGCAGCAUCAGCAGCAGCAACAGCAGCAGAAGAAGCCGCUCAGCAGCAGCAGCAGCACGGUUGCUGCUGCAGCUGGGCAGCAGGAUGCUGCUGGAAUGGGGGGGUGCAGCACCCAGCAGCAGCAGCAGCAGCAGCAUCAGCAGCAUCAGCAGCAACCGCAGCAGCAGCAGCUGCUGCAGCAGCAGCUGCAGCAGCAAACACAACGACUGAAGCAGCAGCACGGCUUCAACAGCUACCGCCGCUGCUUGUCUUUGUGUGCUCUUGCUGA